AUGAGGUCUAUGCGGGGGGUGCCGACAGGCCUGAAGGAGAGCUCAAUGGAGACUCGCUCUGGCUACAUGCCGCUGAGAAUCCUUCAGCCUGAGCUAUUAAAGGAAGGGAAGGAAGAAAAACACUUCCGAGAGCUACUCAUAUCCCGCAUCAAGUCCAGGAUAAUUACACGAGGUCUACACGGACUCUUGGCUCUCGAGAGGGUCAUGGAGUCUGUUCGGAUCCCAGUGCACAGUAUUGACACGGGGGUCACACAGUCCACAGGAAACGCAUUCAUAGUUAAUACAGCAUUUUGCCGGUUCACAGAGUCACAGGGGCUAUUCCGAGGUCACAAGGGCUAUUCCGAGGUCUCAGGGACUAUCCCGAGGUCACAGGGACUAUUCCGAGGUCACAGGGGCUAUUCCGAGGUCACAGGGGUCACAGGCUCCGAGGUCACAGGCUAUUCGAGGUCACAGGGGCUAUUCACAGGGGCUAUACCGAGGUCACAGGCUCUAUUCCGAGGUCACAGGGGCUAUACCGAGGUCACAGGGACUAUUCCGAGAACCAGUGCCACGGACUCAAAAGCGAGGUCACAGAGUCCACAGGAGAACCAGACAAACAGACUCAAAAGCGAGGUCACAGAGUCCACAGGAGACCAGCAAAACAGAUCAAGCGAGGUCACAGAGUCCACAGGAGAACCAGCCACUCAAAAGCGAACAGAACUCAAAAGCGAGGAAACAGAGACUACAGGAGAACCAGCCAAACAAACUCAAAAGCGAGGUCACAGAGUCCACAGAAAGAACCAGACAAACAGACUCAAAAAGCGAGGUCACAAGUCACAGGAGAACCAGCCAAACAGUCUCAAAAGCGAGGUCACAGAUUCCACAGGAGAACCAGACAAACAGACUCAAAUACAUCAAGAGUCAGAAGAACCAGCCAAACAGACUCAAAAGCGAGUCACAGAAGAACCAGACAAACAGACUCAAACAAGUCACAGAGUCACAGGAGAACCAGACAAACAGACUCAAACAGGUCACAGAUCCACAGGAGAACCAGACAACAGAGAGGUCACAGAGUCCACAGGAAACCAGCCAAACAGACUCAAAAGCGAGUCACAGAGUCCACAGGAGAACCAGCCAAACAGACUCAAAAGCCACAGAGUCCACAGGAGAACCAGCCAAACAGACUCAAAGCGAGGUCACAGAGUCCACAGGAGAACCAGCCCAAACAGACUCAAAAGCGAGGUCAAGAGUCCACAGGAGAACCAGCCAAACAGACUCAAAAAGCACAGGUCCAGAGAACCACCAAGGCGAGGUCCAAGUCCACAGGAGAACCAGCAAACAGACUCAAAAGCGAGGAAACAGACUACAGGAGAAACCAGCCAAACAAACUCAAAAGCGAGUCACAGAUCCACAGAAGAACCAGAAACAGACUCAAAACGAGUCACAGAGUCCACAGGAGAACCAGCAAACAGACUCAAAAAGCGAGGUCCGAGGUCACAGAGUCCACAGGAGAACCAGCCAAACAGACUCAGAAAGAGGUCACAGAGUCCACAGGAGAACCAGCCAAACAGACUCAGAAGCGAGGUCACAGAGUCCACAGGAGAACCAGACAAACAGACUGAAAAGCGAGGUCACAAGAGUCACAGGAGAAACCAGCCAAACAGACUCAAAAGCGAGGUCACAGAGUCCACAGGAAACCAGCCAAACAGACUCAAAGCUAGGUUCCAGCACAGAGUCUACAGGAGAACCAGCCAAACAGACUCAAAGCGAGGUCACAGAGUCCACAGGAGAACCAGCCAAAAACAGACUCAGAAGCGAGGUCACAGAGUCCACAGGAAAACCAGACAAACAGACUCAAAAGCGAGGUCACAGAGUCCACAGGAGACCAGCCAAACAGACUCACAGAGUCCACAGGUCAACAGACAGAGUCUAAACAGACUCAAAAGGAGUCACAGAGUCCACGCCCAGCCAAACAGACUCAAAAGCGAGGUCACAGAGUCCACAGGAAGAACCAGACUAAACAGACUCAAAAAGCGAGGUCACAGAUCCACAGGAGAACCAGCCAAACAGACUCUAAAGCGAGGCACAGAUUCCACAGGAGAACCAGACAAACAGACUCAAAGCAGGUCACAGAGUCCACAAAAGAACCAGCAAAAGACUCAAGAAGCGAGGUCACAGAGUCCACAGGAGAAACCAGACAAACCAGACUCAAAAGCGAGGUCACAGAUCACAGAGUCCACAGGAGAACCAGCAACAGACUCAAGCGAGGUCACAGAGUCCACAGGAGAACCAAAACAGACUGAAAAGCGAGGUCACAGAGUCCACGGAGAACCAGACAAAACAGACUCAAAAGCGAGGUCACAGAGUCCACAGGAGAACCAGCCAAACAGACUCAAAACGAGGUCACAGAGGUCCACAGGAGAACCAGCCAAACCAGACUCUAAAGCAGAGGUCACAGAGUCCACAGGAGAACCAGCUAAACAGACUCAAAAGCGAGGUCACAGAGUCCACGGAGAACCAGACAAACAGACUCAGAAAGCGAGGUCACAGAGUCCACAGGAAAACCAGCUAAACAGACUCAAAAGCCGAGACUCAAAAGCGAGGUCACUAGAGUCCGACAGAGAACCAGAAACAAACAGACUCAAAAGCGAGGUCACAGAGUCACAGGAGAACCAGCCAAACAGACUCAAAGCGAGGUCACAGAGUCCACAGGAGAACCAGCCAAACAGACUCAAAAGCCGAAGUCCACAGAGUCCACAGGAGAAACCAGACAAACAGACUCAAAGCGAGUCACAGAGUCCACAAAAGACCAGCCAAACAGACUUCAGAAAACUCAAAAGCGAGGUCACAGAGUCCACAGGAGAACAGCUAAAAACAGACUCAAAAGCGAGACAGAGUCCACAGGAAAACCAGCAAACAGACUCAAAAGCGAGGUCACAGAGUCCACAGGAGAAACCAGACAAAAAGGACUCAAAACGAGUCACAGAGUCCACAGGAAACCAGCAAACAGACUCAAAAGCGAGAGUCCACAGAAGAACCAGCCAAACAGACUCAGAAGCGAGGUCACAGAGUCCACAGGAGAACCAGACAAACAGACUCAAAAGCGAGGUCACAGAGUCCACAGGAGAACCAGCCAAACAGACUCAGAACAGGUCACAGAGUCCACAGGUCCAGACAAAAGACUCAAAUACAAGUCACAGAGUCCACGGAGAACCAGCCAACAGACUCAAAAAGCGAGGUCACAGAGUCCACAGGAGAUCCAGACAAAGACUCAAAGAGCUCCAUAACCAGACAAACAGACUCAAAAGCGAGGUCACAGAGUCCACAGGAGAACCAGCCAAAACAGUCUCAAAAAGCGAGGUCACACAGAGUCCACAGGAGAACCACCAAACAGACUCAAAAAGCGACAGAGUCCACAGGAGAACCAGACAACCAGAGAGGUCACAGGAGUCCACAGCCAGAACAGACUCAAAGCGAGGUCCACAGAGUCCACAGGAAACCAGCCAAACAGACUCAAAACGAGUCACAGAGUCACAGCAGAACCAAGAUCAAACAGACUCAAAAGCGAGUCACAGAGUCCACAAAAGAACCAAGCCAAACAGACUCAAAGCGAGGUCACAGAGCCACAGAAGAACCAGACAAACAGACUCAAAAGCGAGGUCACAGAGUCCACAGGAGAACAGCCAAACAGACUCAAAGCGAGGUCACAGAGUCCACAGGAGAACCAGACAAACAGAACUCAAAACAAGUCACAGAGUCCACGGAGAACAAGCCAAACAGACUCAAAAGCGAGUCACAGAGUCCACAGGAGAACCAGACAAACAGAACUCAAAAGCGAGUCACAGAGUCCACAGGGAGAACCAGACAAACAGACUCAAAAAGCACAGAGGAGAACCAGUCUCAAAAGCGAGGUCACAGAGUCCACAGGAGAACCAGAAACAGACUCAAGGAGGUCACAGAGUCCACAGGAGAACCAGACAAACAGACUCAAAAGCGAGGUCACAGAUACAAAAGUCUCAAAAGCGAGUCACAGAGUCCACAGGAGAACCACCAACAAAACAGACUCAAAAGACGACAGUCCACAGGAGAACCAGCCAAACAGACUCAAAAGCGAGGUCACAGAGUCCACAGGAGAACCAGCCAAACAGACUCAAAAGCGAGGUCACAGAGUCCACGGGAAGAGAACCAGACAAACAGACUCAAAAGCGAUCACAGAGUCCACAGGAAACCAGCCAAACAGACUCAAAAGGGGUCACAGAGUCCACACAGAAAACAGACUCACAGUCACAGAGUCACAAAAACCAGCCACGGACUCAGAAGCGAGGUCAGAGUCCACAGGAAGAACCAGACAAAAACAGACUCAAAAGCGAGGUCACAGAGUCCACAGGGAAACCAGCCAAAACAGGACUCAAAAGCGAGGUCAAAGAGUCCACAGGAGAACCAGGCCAAACAGACGCAGAACGAGGUCACAGAGUCCACAGAAGAACCAGAACAAACAAGCUCAAAAGCGAGAAACAGAUCCACAGGAGACCAGCCAAACAGACUCAAAAGCGAGGUCACAGGUCCACAGGGAAGAACCAGCCAAAACAGACUCAAAAGCAAGUCACAGAGUCCACAGAGAACCAUACAAACAGACUCAAAAGCGAGGUCACAGAGUACGGCAGAACCAGCCAAACAGACUCAGAAAGCGAGGUCACAGAGUCCACAGAAAGACCACCAAACCAGACUCAGAAGCGAGCUCACAGAGUCCACAGGAGAACCAGCCAAACAGACUCAAAAGCGAGGUCACAAGAUUCCACAGGAAACCAGCCAACAGACUCAAAACAGGUCACAGAUUCCACAGGAGAACCACCCAAACAGACUCAGAAGCGAGGUCACAGAGUCCACAGGAGAACCAGCCAAACAACUCAAAAGCGAGUCACAAGCCACAGUCAACCAGACCAAAACAGACUCAAAAUACAAGUCACAGAUUCCACAGGAGAACCAGACAAACAGACUCAAAAACAAGUCAGAGAGUCAACAUGGAAACCAGCCAAACAACUCAAAAAAGCCGAGUCACAGAGUCAGACAGCACCAACCCCACAGACCCCACAUCACAGAGUCACGCACACACACCAAAACCUGAUCACGAGAAUCCGCAGACCCAUCCCCACACCACCAACGCCCCCGGCGUCAAAAGCCGACUCACAGAAUCAAACAAGGUCAUUCUGCACCCACAGACAAUGA